GAUAUUUCGGUUCAAAGGUUAAAGAACAAAGGUCAAAAAGAGUGCAAGUGAGAGAAGAGACAGCUUUUCACGUGUUUUGGAGGCAAUCAGUAACCCACCAUGAAGCUGUACUGCCUCUCCGGCCACCCCAACCUGCCGUGUCUGGUGCUCAAGUUCAAGUCCGUGACCGUGAUGCUGGACUGCGCCCUUGACCUCACCACGACCUUCAGGUUCCUGCCCCUCCCCCUGGUCCACAGUGCCAGGCUUGCUAAACUCCCCUCCUGGGUUCCUAAAGAUGCGGACGCAGGAGACCAGGACACGCUCAAGACAUUGAAGAAGGAACUUAAGGAGUGUGCAGGGAGAGUGUUUGUAGACAGCCCCCCUGAGGUGGGGAUACCCGAGGAUGGUUUGUUGGACCUGUCCACAGUAGACGUGAUCCUGGUCUCCAGUUUCCAGUGUAUCCUAGCCCUGCCCUACAUCACUGAGUACACAGGAUUCAAUGGCAUGAUCUACGCAACGGAGCCGACAGCCCAGAUGGGUCGUCAGCUGAUGGAGGAACUGGUCCAGCACACGGAGAGGGUUCCCAAGACGUGCACCGCCAGCAAGUGGAAGGAGCAGGGUGUCUUUAAGACUCUACCUGCUCAGCUGAGAGACGGGCUGAACCCGGCAGCGCUCAGGGACUGUUAUGGGUUACAUGACGUCAACUCUGCACUGUCCAAGGUCCAGCUAGUUGGUUAUGCCCAGAAGCUUGACGUGUUUGGAGCCUUGCAGAUCAUGCCCCUGAGUUCUGGUUACUGCAUCGGCAGCUGUAACUGGCUCAUCCAGUCCCACUAUGAGAAAAUCUCCUAUAUCUCCAGCUCUUCGGUCCUGACAACUCACCCCCAGCCUAUGGACCAGGGUCCCUUACAGAACACAGAUGUUCUCAUCCUCGCCGGCCUGACCCAAUCCCCGACCGCCAACCCUGACAGCAUGCUCUCCGAGUUCUGCAGCCAUCUUGCUGUCACCGUCAAAAACGGUGGAAACGUCUUGGUUCCCUGCUACCCUUCGGGGGUCGUCUACGAUCUCUUCGAAUGUCUGGCCGUGUUUUUGGACAACUCAGGGUUGAUGCAGCUGCCGGUAUAUUUCGUUUCGCCGAUGGCGGACAGUUCGCUGGCGUACUCGAACAUCUUUGCGGAGUGGCUGUGUCAGAGUAAGCAGAGUAAGGUGUACCUCCCUGAGGCACCGUUUGUACACGAAGAGCUGAAGACGAUCAGCAGACUUAAGGUGUUCCCCAGUGUCCAUGGAGACUUCAGCAGCGAGUUUAAAACGCCUUGCGUCGUCUUCGCCGGACACCCGACCCUACGAUUUGGCGACGGUGUUCACUUCAUGGAAAUGUGGGGCCAAUCAAAGGCAAACACCGUCAUCUUCGUGGAGCCUGAUAUCCCGUACUUGGAUGCGUUGGCGCCGUUCCAACCCUUAGCGAUGAAAGCAGUCCACUGCCCUAUUGACACAAGGUUGAGCUUCCAACAGGCAAACAAAAUCAUCUCCGAUCUGAAACCUCUUCACGUCGUGCUUCCCGAAACUUACAUCACUCCACCACCGUCCUUACCGCAACGAUCAGACUUAGUGCUCGAGGCAGAUCCCCCACCAACUACGUACCAGCGCGGCGAGGUCCUAUCCCUCCCAAUUAAGAGAAUGUACGAGAAAAUAGAAAUUACUCCUGAGCUGGCGUCCGCUCUGGUGCCGUCUGAAAUCAGGCAAGGCGUUGCGGUGGCUUCCGUAACAGGCGUUCUAGAAGCAAAGGAUAACAACUACGUCCUGCAGUCAGUGCCCAAGCAGGUAACGGCAGGGCCCGGACAGAAGCGGAAGCGGGAGGACAACGCAGACUUUGCACCACCAAAGCCGCACGUUUGGGGGGCAGUCCAGGUGGAGCAAUUUGUGCAAGAUCUUGAGAAGGGUGGAGUGACGGAUGUUAAAGUUGAAGACACACCAUCAGGACACAUCAUCCACCUGCAGUCUGAAGACACACUGAUCCAGAUCGAAGACGGCUCCACUCAUAUCUUCUGUGAGGGCAACGAGGAACUCAGGAUCAAACUUAGGAACAUCCUCCUCAAAUGUCUCUCCAAGUUCUGAGUCUUAGACUCCAAGUUUUCAUUCAAAAUGUAUAUAUUUUUCCAGUUUUGGGACGAA